AUGAAUGCCUUGUGCAGCGGUCGGCUGCGCGAUCCCGUCGCGGCGUCGGGGAUGCUGUUGGCCAUCGGCUCCAUACCGUCUGGAUCAUCGUCAUCAACUCAGCUCGUGUCUGCUGGGAAUGCAUGUCAACCAACCUUCAGACACCACCUGGAUGCGCUUCUCAAAGAUUCCGCCCGUGCUCGCCGUCGGAUGGACCGGCCCGAUGGAGACCACGGCCACGAUUCGGUCCGGCAGCUUGGUCGCCAGAUGCAGGGCCACGGUGCCGCCCAGCGAGUGGCCCACGACGGCCGCCUUCUGGAUCUUCAGCGCAUCCAGCACGCCGGCGAAAUCGGCCACCAUGGUGCCGACGCUCUGCUCCAGGCCCGUGUACGCGGAACGCCCGGAGCCGUACGAGUCGACGGUGAUGCAGCGGUGGUGCGGCGUGAGGUCCGGCAGGAUGGGGAAGUAGUAGUUCUGCGACGAGCCCAGGCCGUGGAUGAAGACGAAGGUCAGGCCGCCCUCGGGGGCGCCCUGGGGGUGCGAAUCGGCGUAGUGCAGCCGUUUCUGGUCGAUGUCGACGAAGGGCAUGGCUGGAGAGGAGAGCUCGCGGCGAUCACCCGGCAGAAACAGUGCUGCUGGCCAUGCUGGGCGACCUUAGCCUUUAAGAGGCGCGGAGGUCGUCUUGUGUCAUGGCGACGAACGGUUGACGUCUGCCAGCCGAUGGAGAAGUCCCGCUGCCGAGAGCCGAACCGCCGGACACGUGCUUCCCCACGUGCGGAGAACAACCAGCUCUCCGUCUGGAGAAUCUACGGAGUACAUCAUAUCAGAUCCAUUGCCGAGCCUGGCCUGUCUCUUCCGACGCUGCUUCCGAUGCUCUGCCUGCCCUCGUCUCCUGCCAACUCGCCCUGCAGCUCGUCUCCGCCGAUCGGCUAUGGCGCGUCAGAAGGUCGCCCCGGAGAAUCGCAUCCGCGCCGCCCAGGCGUGCGAGAACUGCAAGAGGAGGAAGCAGAAAAUCUGCUGACUAGCCAGUGCAAUGGCACCUGUCCCUGCGGAAACUGCAUCAAGCGCGCCGUCGAGUGCCAUUUCCUGCAGCCCGUCCCUGCCACGGGCGACCCGACGACCUCGACGACCUCGUCCGUCCCGGCCCAGCACCCGAAUCGCAAGAAACGCGUCCUGUCCGAGACCGGUUGGAGCUCGUCUGAGAGGACCAGCGCCAGCUACGGCCAUCGCCUGUCUUUCGCCCUGACCAGCUCCGCUCCGAGCCUGGACAUCAGCGUGCCCGCCAGCACGCACCUCUCUCCGCCCUCGCAGAACCCGCCGCAAGACCCUUUCCCCGCGAUGAACGCCGUCAAUGGCCAGUCCCCGCCCGUCGAGCAGAGCGGCGGCUCCGAGACGGACGAGGCGGAGAUGCAGGGGGCGUCGCGCAUGCUGAAUGACGGCAAGGGAAGGAUGUUGUAUAUUGGAGACUCGGCCCCCUUGUCGUACCUGCAGACCGUUCGACAGCUGGUUAGCAGCGUCGUCGGCACGUCUGCCUUCACCAUCGAUCCCCAGCGACAUAAGAUCCUCGAAACGUCCGUAUCCGCUCCUCCCGCAUACCACCACACGUAUACGCUUCCAGACCGAGAAGCUGCCUUUUUCCUCGUAGACGCCUUCUUCGCCAAUACGAAAGGGGUGAUGCAUCUGUUCGACGAACGCUCCUUUAAGCAGCGCCUUGAGCGUACCUAUCAAAACCCCCUGGCCGCAGAGCAGUCCUGGAUGUGCAUUUUGAACCUGGUCUUUGCCAAUGGCCUGCAGCUGAGAGCGACGUCGCCGCAGCCGUCGCCCGCCGAGGCGGCCAUUCUGAAGCGGCUGCAGUCGGACAAGUUCGACCGCAGCGAGAUGUUCUUCCUGACGGCGAAGCAUCUGAAGGACUCGACUUCGGGGUUCGAGGACGGCGAUUUCGCUUCCAUCCAAGCACUGCUGCUGAUGACGCUCUACAUGUUGUCGGUGGGGAAACGAAACACGGCGUGGGCGUAUUUCGGUAUUUCCCGAUGUCUCUAUACAUUGUGGUCGUUCUACCGCAUUGCUGAUAUGAUGGUUCCAGGAAUGGCUGUCCGGCUCUCUUACGCUCUGGGUCUGCAUCGAGUAGAGGCGCAGCGCAUCUACGACGAGUCGGAAAGGGUGUCGAGGACCAUGCUUUGGAGAAGUCUCUACGUCAUGGACCGCUUCUUGUCGGCGUGCUUGGGGCGUCCGACUCCCAUCAACGACGAAGACUGCUCCGAGGAGUUGUUCUCCGACAACCAGGUCAAGACAGGUUCGUCGCCAGAGAGUUUUGAAUCGGAGGCUCUGUCGGCCUCGGUGCGAGCGGCCCAGAUCCUGGGAGUCAUCCUGAACCAGAUAUAUCGAACCCGCAAGGUGUCGCUUCGGAUCGCGAGAAACAUCGCAGUCAAGAUCCACGAAUGGACGCAAUCGCUGCCGGAACUCCUGCAAUGGCAUCCAACGCCCACCCCGCACGAUGAUCCCGGGGUGGCGAUGGGCCAGCUACAUCUGUGGAUGACGUACUUCAGCACGAUCAUUCUCCUCACGCGACCUUUUCUGUUGCUGCACGUCAAGAAAGCCAUCUACCAGCAGGGGUCCAAGCCGCAGAACCCGACGGAGGCCUGCGCCAGCUCUCCGGCAGAGAGUCGCGUGGCAGAGAAUCCCGAGCUCCACAAGUAUUCCGCCGCUAACUGGAUGUUUCUCGCGGGACUGAUCGUCCUGACGAAUUCCUUUUUCAACGUCUACGAGAAUCCAGAGAACGACUCGAUCGCGCAGAUAGCGAUUCUCCUGCACCAGUACUUUGCCGAGAUGGAUCCCCUGGCCGCACGAUAUCUGCAGAUCCUGACUGCAUUCCACAAGACGGUCACUGAGAGCCGGUCGUCGAACCUGCCGUCGAAAGACGUUGGCAGACAGGAUCCGAUUGAGAACCUCUUCUCGACGAAGCAAAGCAUGGUAACGCCGGACGGCCAGGGGAUUGUUACGACUUACGUGUCUACGCAGAACAUGGCGCCAGCGGCGGCAUGGAACUGGGCCGAUGGAACGGGAGAAAGACCGACAGAUGUGGACAUGACGGCCAGCAAUAUGAACGCUCACGAGAGCGUCGAGGGGCUGGUGUUUCCUGGAGCGGAGGAACUCCUGGGGCCGGACCCGGGGCCAGUUCUGGAGGAGGUGAUACAUUUCGAUGCGCUGUGGCCGCUGAAUCAGGAUUCGAGCGGUCUGUAUCCGGGGCAUGUACCCAUGUUGCAUCUUUACAUUUGGAUUGGGAUCUUCUCAUUUCGCGGCAGCAGCAGAAGCAGCAGCAGCAGCAGCUUGAGCAGCAGUAUCCUGAGCAAUCACCCUCUAUCAGCACCGCUCAACUCAACUCAACCCAUCUCAACUGGAUUCAACUCAACCCAAACUCACCAGAUAAACCUGAUAAUACCUCAUCUUCGGCUUUCCAUCAUUAUCAAAGACGAACUCUGCCCGCGCGGCCCAGUCAAUCUCCACUUGCCUACCGUCCGCCUUCAUGACAUAGGCCACUUUUCCGAAAAGCAUGAGGUCGUUGGCGCCGCCGAAGAAGAUCUUGGUGGGCGUGUGGUGGCGCGCGGUGACGGUUGUCCAGAGGGACUUGCGGAGGGCGAGGAUUUCUAUGCAGUCAGGCAGUCAGAGCAGUCAGGUUAG